CUUCGCACCUUGACUCAAAGUCCGAGCCCAUCGCCCGUCCCAACCGCGUCCCCUCUAGCCGAGCCACCACCGUACCAUCAUCUCUCUCUUUCGUUUUUUCUCUCUCGUCCUAUCAGCCGUCGGAUCCUACAAACGCCGAAAACGCGUCGUUUAAGCCGUCGACCAAACGUUUCACUAUCUCUAUCUGGAUCCGAUCUACUGGCGUCGCGGCUGCAUCUGCAAACCAAAAGCCCAUCUCUCUCUCUCUCUAUAAAAAAAAGUCUCAGCUUUCUCUCUCUUCAUCGCUCGGCUCCGAUCCGGCUUAGAACGCUCAAGUGUCAAAGGAGCUCGAUUUUUCUUGGAGGGCUGAGACUUGUACAAAGAAGUGAUCUGAAGUGACUUCAGUUGAUCAAAUAUAUGAUGAAUUUCGGGACAGGAACAGUAAGUGGAAAAGGCGGGAACCUUAUGGAGUGGAGUGUUAACAACACGUUUAAAAGCUUAAAAGAUAUGGAACCAAAAUCCGUGAUGGAUAUGAGUAUCAUUCCAAGCAUCGAUCCGAUUGAUAUUGGAUUAGGUUCUUCAGAGAAAGGCAGUGUUGUUCCAACACCAAAACCAAGAAAGAAGACGAUGACAUCAGUUUAUCUCAAGUUUUUCGAAACAGCUCCCGAUGGUAAAAGUCGAAGGUGCAAGUUUUGCGGGCAGAGCUAUUCUAUUGCAACUGCCACUGGCAAUUUGGGAAGGCACCUCAGCAAUCGCCAUGCAGGAUAUGAUAAGACAGGGGAUGGUGUCACCAAUCCUACACCACAACCCAUCACUGUAGUAGUUAAGAAACCUCAAUCUCAAGCUAAACCACCUCAGGUGGAUCUUGACCAUUUGAACUGGUUGCUUAUCAAGUGGCUCAUUUUGGCGGCUUUUCCUCCUUCUUCCUUGGAGGAAAAGUGGCUUGCAAACUCCUUCAAAUUCCUCAAUCCAUCAGUUCAAGUCUGGCCGGGUGAUAAGUUCCAUGCAGUGCUCCGUGAAGUAUUCAGGAGCAUGCGAGAAGACGUUAGGGCAAUAUUGGAACAAGUUUCUUCUAAGCUCUCAAUCACACUUGAUUUCUGGAGUUCCUAUGAACAGAUCUUUUACAUGAGUGUCACUUGCCAGUGGAUCGAUGAAAACUGGUCCUUCCAAAAGGUUCUUCUUGACAUUUGUCAUAUACCUUCCCCCUGUGGUGGUUCUGAGAUCUAUCAAACUCUAGUGAAAGUCCUCAAGCUGUACGAUAUCGACAACAGAGUCCUCUCCUGCACUCAUGAUAACAGUCCAGAUUCCGUGCAUGCUUGCCAUACUUUGAAAGGGGAUAUUGAUAGCCAGAAAGUGGGGCCCUUCUGUUAUGUCCCCUGUGCUGCUCGUACUUUGAACUCAAUUAUAAAUGAUGGGUUAAGAACUACAAAACCAGUGAUUUCUAAGAUCAGGGAGGUUGUGCUAGAGAUGAAUGCGUCUGCGCAAAUGUCAGACGAAUUUAUGGAAUUUGCAACAGCUUUCCAAGAAGGUAGUUGGAAAUUUCCACUUGAUGCUUCAGCUCGAUGGAGCGGUAGUUACCAGAUGCUCGAUAUUGUUCGUAAGGCUGGUAAAUCCUUGGAGACUGUAACCAGGAAAUACGAAGAAACACUAGGCAGUCGGAUGCUCCUAAAUCCUGCAGAAAAGAAUGCCGUCAACAUCACACAUACGUUUUUAGAACCCUUCUACAAAACCACAAACAACAUAUGUACAAACAAAGUGCCCACAAUUGGACUUGUGGUCUUCUUCAUGGAUCACAUUUCUGAGACCAUUGCUGCGUGCAGAGAUUCCCGGCACAGCCCAGACUGGCUCAAAGCUGUCGCCGAAGAAAUGGCAACCAAAGCCCGAAAAUACAACGACCAAGUUUGCAACAUAUUCACGUACAUGACCGCAAUACUUGAUCCCAGAAUAAAAGUAGAGCUAAUCCCUGAAAGCCUUAACUCAGAGAACCAUCUCGAAGAAGCAAGAUCUCAUUUCAUUAGAAACUAUUCUGUGAAUCAUUUCCCGUCCAUUACAACUGGAUUUGGCCCUCCGGAUUUGGAAGAUGGUGGGACCGUUUCCUUUGCAGAAGAAAUCGCUCGCAAGAAAAGGAGGGUCAGUAUGAGUUCUUCCGCGACGGAUGAGCUUACCCAGUAUUUGUCUGAGCCUCCGGCUCCUAUACCUACGGAUGUGUUGGAGUGGUGGAAGGUGAAUAGUACAAGGUAUCCGCGGCUCUCUGUUAUGGCUAGGGAUUUCUUGGCUGUUCAGGCAACCUCUGUGGCUCCGGAGGAGUUGUUUUGCAGCAAAGGAGAUGAGGUUUAUAAACAAAGGUUUGCUGUGCCCCAUAAUAGUGCACAAGCACUCCUCUGUAUAAAGUCGUGGACACAAGGUGGGGUCAAGUUGAAAUAUAAGUCGACCGAGAUAGAUUACGAGAGGCUGAUGGAGUUGGCGGCUAGUGCUGCAGCUGAUAAUAAUAAUGCUGUGGGUUUUGAGAAGAAACUAAAAUGAUGAUGCAGAAACAUAAAUGCCGUAUGGAUUUCUCAAUUCUAACCUGCUCAUUGUUGUAUGUUAUCUUACUCCCUAAGCGAAACAUGAAAUUUUCGAUUCUUUAAUUUGUUUCUGUUUCUUGUAUGGGGAUGAAGAUUAUGUACUGAUGUAUAUAUCUCCGAAUGGAGAGAAUACCAACUUGUAGAGUGAUAGGGUCGACAGUAUUUCAUGAAUGAGUCUAAAUUUCUCACACUCUUGUAUCAACCAAGUCUGUAACUUAGAGCCUUGUCAAUUGGUGCUAGUGGAUCCUAUGGCUUUUUGCCCAAAGUGUGAAUGCUUAAAUUGCCUUAAUAC